UCGGUCGAUUAUGUCGAAUCCAUUUAUUCUAGGGGAAAAAUGAACUUACUUAAUCGUAUACUCAAAACAAGGCAUAUCCCGAAACCGUACGUUGUUGUAUGAAUUACAUAAGCUGUUUCGACAGUAGGAGAAGACCGUGUAGUCUAUUUUGUACAUCUAAGAGAAUAGCCAUUGUAUCGAAGGAUCGCUUUGUCAAACAAGAUUUCUAGCAUUCGUCUCAUCGCAAACUGCGUACACACACAAACGCAAAAUUACAAACAGGGAAAGGUGCCAUUGCUAUGUAGACUGAAUAUAAUUAUGCCGUUAAAUUUCGAUAAGACGCCUUUCGGAGCAGUAAUCUUUAUCGUGGUUGUAGUGCUGUCGGCCACGGCGAAUUACGUGGCAAACUCGUUCCUGGAUGUAAUCCUCGCGGAAAUGAGCUAUCGGGCUUCGGCCAAUGGUCUUGAUCCGCUGCGUGCUUCAAACUUUAAGAUAAGAAUUGCGUCAAACAAUUUCUUGAACCAUGACCUUGAGGUGGUCUUUAAUUUCGGCCAGAUACGCGGCCUAAGUGGGAUUGCUCGAAAAGGAAACUGUUCCUAUAGUAAAUGUCAUAAUCAAAUGAGUUUGGCGUGUAAUCUGACGUUUGCUUCGGUGAAAAUAAACAUGACGGAUGUGGAUGUUUUUGGCGAUACGUUGAGCUCCAAGAAGCACUCGAUUCGAACCUUGACAAGUGUCGACCAGCACGGGACGCACGUCGCUGUUGAAAUGGACGGGCCUCUUUUUGGCACGCCUAACAAACCACUAAUUAUAGUCAAACAGAUGAGCUUGAAAACGUAUGUCUAUGGCGGCAAGCUACACUUGAACCACCGGAGAUAUGAAGAUUUUCGAAACAAGACAAACCAAGAAAUGUAUUCGCAACUAUUGGCGGCCAUAAACGCACCCUACAUAUCACUCUUGAAAAGAGUAUUAAUGCGGCAUCAUCUACCGUAGACGUGGAUUGCUUUUUAGGAUCUAAUAUUUGCAGGCUCAGCACCCCCUAUCAGCGACCCCUCUAGGGUCGCUGGCGCCGAGUCGGCAACCAUUUCCCAAACGGUGAGGCUUCGCACCUGAAUUGUUACUGAAGCAAGUCAAAUGUAAGGUUCCUUACUGGUUCCUUUCGAAUUAAUGGGCCAAUCUGUUACAGCUUUGACCAGGAUGAAUAAAGAUGCUAAGGAGAAAAGGCCACUUUUUACCUGUGCUAAAUUAGCGCGCAGCGGGAAGAUCAGCAAUGGGCUUCGUUGCAGAAG